UGCACCUAGCGCCACAUGACAGUUGUCAAUGUAACACGUCAGUUGUCACAAACACUCAUUUUUUAUUAAAAAAAAAUAGUUUUAAUCGAAAUGAACUGGUUUAAAGGUGAAAUCGCCCAAGCAAUCGUCACUUCGAAAGCCAAACAGGCAAUAUUCGUAGUUUACGUUUACGGCAAAGACGAUAAGUCAGCGCAAAUAACCGAAUUAAUCGACAAGGAGGAAAUCGUUAAAAUAUUAGGAAGCGAUAGCUUUGUGGCAAUCAAGAUCGAAGCCGACUCUGUACCUUAUCAGCAGUUUAGUCAAAUUUAUAAGCAAGUUCCAACCCCUUCGGUUUAUUUUAUUGGGAAGCAAGGAGUGCCUAUUGAGAUUGUGACUGAAGUAAAUGAUGUUAAAACUUUUCAAGAAAAACUCAACUCGAUUCUGCAAAAAGGCGGACUUUCUCCGAUUGCUUCACAAUCACAAGAUUUUAUCACCAAAGAACAGGCGCAAAAUGUUGUGUGCGAAAACGACGUUUGCACCAUGAAAAAAGACGAAACGCCUUCAACCAGUCAGCAAGCUGUGGCAGGAAAAGAGGAUUUAACAGUUGAAGAAAAGGUUGAAAGGGCCAAGCAGUUGGUUGAACUGAAGCGAGAAGAGAAAAGAAAGGAGGAGUUUGAGAAAGAGCGCGAGAAGGAGCUUGAGCGUCGUAAAAUGGGCCAAAACGUGCAACAGUUGAAACGUUGGCAGGAGGACCAAGAGCUGAAGCAAGUCCUUGAAGAACGUGAAAGAGAAAAGCGCGAAAGUCAGGCGGCUCGUGAACGAGUCUUGGCUCAAAUCGCUCAAGACAAGGCUGAAAGAGCGGCAAAAUUCUCUCCAACAGCCACAGUUCAACCACAAGCUCACUCAUCGCAAUCGCAGUCAUCUCCAAGACCUGUCAACACAAACACAGCCAGAUUGCAAUUCCGAAUGCCAGAUGGCAGCACGGCAACGAACGAUUUUUCGAGCAGUGACACGCUAGCAAGUGUCCAUGCUCACAUUAAAGCUAAUUUGCAUCUACCGUUUAGCAAUUACACACUUUCCACAACUUUCCCUCGAAGAGAAUUUACUGAAGCUGAGAAUAGUCAAACGUUGUUGCAACUGGGGCUUGUUCCAACUGCUGUUAUUUUGAUCUUGCCGGUUAAUAGGGGAGUCGUUGCUACUAACACAGAAGGAGGGUUUACAGGAUUUUUGUGGACUUUGAUUACCCCGAUUUUGACUCUUUUGGGUUAUUUGAAGACUUUUGUGUUUGGAUCGGCUCCUGCGCCAUCUACUAGCAACGAUAAUAAGCGAGCCGCUGAAGCGUCAUCUAGUGAUCACAGGGGGCAACCAAAAGUUCGAAGGGGUGGCGAAACAACAGUGAUUAGAAGGCAGGGGAAUAUUCAUCGUUUGUCCAAUAAAAACGAUAGUGAUGAUGAGAAUAAUACCUGGAACGGUAAUUCUACCCAGCAGAUGUAAAUUAUCUUAUUACUUACUUGGAAUAUUUUUCACUAGUUAUGUACUUCUUGAUGUAAAUAAAAUACUUAGAAUUUUUUA